GGAGCUGCUCGCAUGGCGACGCUCCAGCACGUUUGCUCCGCUCCUCUGGCGCGUGCGAUGCGCUCCGGCGCCGCCGCCAUCGUCGCUUCCCCCACGGUGCGCUCGUCGUUGCCACACUCCGCCGAAUCGCGUGUUCUCCUUGGGUUGGCGGAGCCGGAGCUCCGGCAACUCGCCAUUGAUUUCGGUCAGCAAAGUUAUAGAGGCAAGCAGCUACAUGAUCUCCUCUACAAGACCAAGGCUAAGGAAAUCCAAGAUUUUAGCCACUUACCUCAGGGCUUCCGUGAUGAACUCCGUGAAGCAGGGUGGAGAGUUGGGAGGUCACCAGUUCACCGUGCUGUUACCGCAGCUGAUGGCACUAUAAAGAUGCUCAUAAAAUUGGAGGAUAAUAGAUUGAUUGAAACUGUUGGAAUACCAGUUGAAGAUGAUAAAGGUUCCUUUCGGCUCACUGCCUGCGUGUCAUCACAGGUUGGAUGCCCAUUGCGAUGCUCAUUUUGUGCUACAGGAAAGGGUGGGUACUCCAGGAACCUUCAACCACAUGAAAUUGUUGAGCAGGUAUUGGCUAUUGAGGAAAUCUUCAAACAUAGGGUGACAAAUGUUGUGUUUAUGGGUAUGGGCGAACCAAUGUUGAACCUUAAGUCAGUGUUGGAAGCACACAGAUGCUUGAAUAAGGAUGUAAGAAUCGGGCAACGGAUGAUGACAAUAUCAACAGUAGGUGUACCAAACACCAUUAAGAUAUUGGCAGCACACAAGCUUCAGUCGACAUUGGCUGUCAGCUUGCAUGCCCCUAAUCAGAAACUUCGAGAAACAAUUGUUCCAAGCGCAAAGUCUUACCCCUUGAAUGCACUUAUGGCUGAUUGCAUGGAUUAUUUUCUCCAAACUGGGCGAAGAGUAUCCUUCGAAUACACACUUCUAGCUGGAAUUAAUGAUGGAUCAGAACAUGCUGUGGAACUUGCAGAAAUGCUGCAUCGAUGUGGUCAUGGUUAUCAUGUCAAUUUGAUACCAUAUAAUCCAAUAGAAGGUUCUGAAUACCGAAGACCAUACAAAAAAGCGGUGAUGGCUUUUGUGGCAGCGCUUGAGUCUCGGAGGAUCACAGUCACUGUUCGGCAAACGCGAGGACUCGAUGCAAGUGCAGCUUGCGGGCAACUUCGAAAUGACUUUCAGAAGAUCCCAUUGAUCGAGUCACCAUCAUCAUCUAUUUGAAAAACUUGGGCCGAUUUCAAGGUUAUGUCACAGACUUCAGGCGAGUGGUUCUAUCAUGAACUUGGGAUCGAUCUUCACACACCUCAAGAGUCCAUGUUAUGUGUUUCAGAACCGGGACGGACAGCCACCAACCACUGGAUGCAAUGAAUUUUUUUUUAAAGUGUGAUCUAAUGGAUGAUCAAGAAAGUGUUGAGAGUUUUUUUGGUCGAUGUUCUUGUCCAUUCUAAAAUGUUUAAGAUCAUAUUUCAGCAUGUGAUAAAUUCGAUAAACAUAUUCACUGA